CCCGGCGGACGGAGAGCCAGAGAGAGAGAGAAAGAGAGAGGAGGCGAGGAGUGGGGCAAAAUCCCCAAGCCACCACCACGACGUCACUAUCACCAUCACCAUCGUUCCCGAUCGCCACCGAUAUCCAAAAUGGACGAAGUGAUGACGGCAGCAGACGGAUCGUCGUCCCACCACCACCGGUUGAGCGCCAUCGCCUCGUCCCUCCACCCUCCGACCUCCCUCGCCACCAACCUCCCUCUGUUCUCCGCCUUCCUCGCCUUCGCCGUCGCCCAAUUCCUCAAGGUCUUCACCACCUGGUUUAAAGAGAAGCGUUGGGAUUCUAAGAGGCUGCUCGGCUCAGGUGGAAUGCCAUCGUCGCACUCUGCUACUGUUACUGCUCUUGCUGUAGCGAUUGCCUUUCGAGAUGGAGCUGGAGGGUCAUUAUUUGCCCUUGCAGUUGUUCUUGCUGCUGUUGUAAUGUACGAUGCUUCAGGUGUUAGACUGCAUGCUGGUCGGCAGGCUGAGUUACUUAACCAAAUUGUAUGUGAGUUACCACCAGAGCAUCCUCUAUCGAGUGUGAGGCCCCUACGAGAACCUCUUGGUCACACUCCACUCCAGGUUGCUGCCGGCGCAGUGCUUGGUUUCUUCAUUUCAUUUAUAAUGAGAGAAUCUACUCCUUCUGAGACAUGAUGCCCAACCAAACACUGUUAUGUAUUAAUGAGAAAUUAUUUUGUAACGGGAAAAACUUUUAUUUAUUUGUUUAUUUAUGGACCACUACAAGUAGUGACCAGGUGAUAAGAGGGAAAUGUGAAAGUUGUCAAUUUGAAAGCUUU